CAAGUGAUCAUUCACUUCCAGAAAGCGGCAGGUGUUUCAAGAUAUUAAUCACGUGGCAGGUCUACCCGAAGUCUCGCAACGUUCGUUGACCUGCCAUCAAAGGUCCUGGUCGCGAUAUAGAUCCUCUUCCCCAACCCAAGCAACCUCCACCUCCACCUCCGCAACCUCCAUCGCAGAAACCACCCACCCUUCCUUCUGCACAAGACAUACUCAAUACUUCUCUACCUGAUCGUCUGCCUACCGCAACGAUGAACCCAGAGUAGUAAGUCUCUCACCGUCCUUCAUCUCCAUCUCGGAUCUUGCUUCCAAGCUGCCUAGAUCAUACUGGUCUAUCAAAACCCCCUUCUGCGAACACAUUGCUAACUCACUUCCUUCAACAGAGUACCCUCCUGCACCAUCCAUACGUACUACGACAAACUCCUAUCACUUGCCUGCGAGAUCCGAUAACAAAGCCAUACUUACGUUCUGAUCUAUAGAUACGAUUACCUGUUCAAGCUCCUCCUUAUUGGAGACUCGGGUGUCGGAAAGUCAUGUCUGCUUCUGCGAUUUGCUGAUGACACUUACACUGAGAGUUACAUCUCCACUAUUGGUGUCGACUUUGUGCGUACAACAUCUGCCAGGCUGGGAAUAAGGCGCUAAUAAACAAGCAGAAGAUUAGAACUAUCGAGUUGGAUGGCAAGACUGUGAAGCUCCAGAUUGUAAGAAUGACAGAAACACGGCAAGAAUUCACUCAGGAUGCUGACUGCUGGAAUAGUGGGACACUGCUGGACAAGAGCGUUUCCGAACCAUCACAUCCUCCUACUACCGUGGUGCCCAUGGCAUCUGUGUCGUCUAUGAUGUUACUGACAUGGAUUCAUUCAACAACGUCAAGCAAUGGUUGCAAGAGAUUGACAGAUACGCUACAGAGGGUGUGAAUAAGCUUCUUGUAGGAAACAAGUCUGAUAUGUCAGACAAGAAGGUUGUUGAUUACACAGUUGCCAAGGUAUGUAAUAUCACAUGGCAAGAAUCAGCUUAUCAGAAUCUUGAUUGCCAAAGAGUUUUCAUACAUUCUAGAAUGACCCACUAAUUUGGACUUGGUAUAGGAAUUCGCCGACAGCCUCGGUAUCCCUUUCCUCGAGACCUCAGCAAAGAACGCCAGCAAUGUAGAACAGGCAUUCUUGACCAUGGCCCGACAGAUUAAGGAGCGCAUGGGUACAACUACCGCGAACAACAAGCCAACCGUACAAGUUGGACAAGGCCAGGGGGUCCAAUCGGGAUCGGCUGGCGGUUGUUGCUAG